CAGAAUCCAUUGCGGGGCUGUUUCUUCGCGCAUGCGCACUAUGGCGAUGAAGCGUCAGUACGAACUGUCAACAUUACGGUGAUGCUCGCGUUUAUGGCGAAGGGAUGUCCAGGAAGAUAAGAUUUACUGUGCUCACUUCUUCCAGUCAUGAGGACAACUUCAGCGCUCAGGAACUUAUGGUCCAUGCACCCACUGUCAGUGGUUGGAAAUCCAGCAGGUUCUGUAGCUACCCUCAACACAUCACCCUCCAGCUGGCGGAAAAAUGUCGAGUGAAGAAGCUGCAGUUGCUGGCCCACCAUUAUCUCAUCCCGGCUAAGGUGGAGUUUCACAUAGGGGACUCUACUCCCGGUCCCACCGGAUCAGUGUUCGUUGAUCAGCUCCGCAGGCUCGGUUACGUGUCUCUAUCGGACAACAAGAAGACCGGUUUCAGAGCUCGGGAGCUGAAGUCCGUCCACGUGGACGCCGUCGGAACAUACCUGAGGAUAACGUUCCACGAGAAUUAUGCGAACCGUCACAAUCACUACAAUCAGGUGGCUUUGGUGGCCUUCAAUGUGCUGGGGGAUCCCGUGGAUAGCAGCGCUUUUCACACCAUUCCGAGCAGAGAGCAGCUGAUUGAACACUACAUCAACGGCACGCAGCUGGAAGCCGCUUUGGAUGCGACCCUCACGGGAAAAUACGAUUCCACAUGCCCCUUGGAUGACCUCGCUUUUGACAUGUACCAGGACCCCGAAGUCGCGCGUAUCAUCCGCCAGCUGCACGGAAAAAAGCAGGAUAUGCUUCACCAGGAGAGAUUCGAGCAGGCCAAGUAUCUGAAGCAGGCCAUAGCCGAUCUUCAAAAGGCUGGGGAGCAUUUGGCAAGGUUUGAUGUGGAAAGGCAAAGUGCGAUGGAAAAGAAGGAAUAUGACCUUGCCAAGAAAAAGAAAGAUGAAAUGGAUGAAUACCGAAGGAGUGUCUACCAGCAACUGGAAGUACACAACCUGUUGGAUAUGGGAAUGAUCACAAGUGCAUCUCAAUUAUGUCCAUCCGAGGAGGUUCCAUCACCUCUUUACUCCCCGGCCUCAUUCCCCGCCAAAUUCUUUGACUCUAAAAGGAAAGAGAACGUGUUUUCCAGAACUCCACAGAGCCAUCUGUCGGACUCUGAAGCACAUUUACCUAAACGGAGCAACUCACCUGACACAUCUUGUGCCUCAUCUGCACUCCAAGAAAUCGAUUUCAGCAGUGUGCUUCAUGAUGAGAGGCAGCCAACCCCCGCCAGAAAGGAUCAGCCACUGGGGGCCACCCAGAGCCUUGCAAUGGACCACUCUUUCCUACUAGACACCCAAAGUAUCCCCCUUAGCCCUGAGGUGGGUGGAGAACCAGAGCCCCUAUCAGAAAACGUUCAGAGAGAGGCUGGCCUCGCAAUCGAGGUCUAUGGCAAGAGUCUGGUAGCAAGUGCGUAUUCUAAAUCCUGGUCAAAUCGAGAGGACGCACUCCUGGCAGUGCACAAGAAGCUUUUGGAUGUACAGCCAACGACUCCCAAAGAUGAGCUGAGAAACAUGAUAAGAGCUGCAGUCUUCUUGGUCAAAAGGGCUCUCCUGGAGAAAGUUUCACCUGUUUUCCAAGCCUGCUUGAAGUUGCUGUUCUUCCUCUUGGGCCAGCUGAUUCCGGGUCUGGGCCGAGUUGAGGUUACCCACUGUUUGGAGAACACUUGGCCCAACCUGCUGGCCAAGACUGGGAACUCAACCAACCGUCUGCGUAUUGCUGCCAUGGCCUGCAUCCAGGAAAUCGCUAUCCUGAAAGACGUUCGGGUUUUGCAGUUCAUCCCACUUGAGCUGGUGAAGCCUUUCAAGUCCAACUUCCCCAUUCGUCUGGCUCAGAGUCGAGUUGAGAUGCUCGAAAGUCUCCUGGAGGAGCUGGGCACGGAGAACUCUGGAUUCACCCUGGAGAAUGUCAUGACGUUCUGUGUGGCAGCGCUGGAGCAUGGUGCAUCCGCAGUCCGAGAAGUGGCAGCGCGCGUCAUCUUGUCCAUGUACAAGCGGCACAGUUCGGCUGUCCUCAACUACCUUCCAGCCCGUGACGCUUCUCGCAACAGCUUCCGCUACAAAACCUUAUUUGAUGGCUUUUCCAAGAUUGACGGGCAAAUGGUGGAGACUCAAGGCGGGGGUCCGCGGGACGGGCAAAAGGAGGAGGAAGGGAUCCACUCCCUGCGAGAGCAGCUGGCCGCCAUGAAGGAGUUGACAGAAAGGGACAGUAAAAGUACCAAAGAACAAAUGACCAAGAAAGAAGUUGCCAAAGUUGCGAGAGGGUCUCAAAAGGCUGGUAAACAAAUUCUAAAAUUGCCUCAGAACAAGAAAACACCCACAGUUGAGGUCCAGCAAUCUAUCACAUAUCUGGAUAACUUGUGCAUAUUCUGCGAUAAAACUGAUGAUUCUUUCACCGAAGAGGGAUUAGACCUUCACUAUUGGAGGCACUGUCCCAUGCUGAGACGCUGUGAUGAAUGCAGACAGGUCGUGGAGAUCGCAGGCUUUACAGAGCAUCUACUGAACGAAUGCGAAAGUCGGUCCAAGUUCAGCCAGUGCCAGCGCUGCUCGGAAGCAGUGGCCACUGAAGAUCUGACGAGACACGCCCAGGGUACCACUUGCAAACCCCCCAUCUCAGGUAAAGACUCCAGCCACUGCCCUUUGUGUCACACCAACUUUUUGCCGGGAGAAGAGGCCUGGAAGGCUCACCUCACGGGCAGGGAGGGCUGCAAACAAAACUCACGCCGGAUCGCGGCGUCCCAGAGAACCCAGCCAGCACAAGGUCGAGCUGCUGCCAGCACGAAGGGCACACGCACGUGGUCGAUGGGCACUCGAGGUCGAGGCAAGCCCUUGGCGAGGGGUGCCCACGUCCCGCCUCAGGCGCCCGUAGCUCGAGGACACACGCCAGGGAAGCGGUGAUUGUUCAAGGAAAGAUUCCUCUUUUCGCAGCCACCCUGCUUGGUCUUUUGUAAAAAUCAAUGCAGAUUUUAAGCCACGUGACUUGAAUACGUAUCAGUUCCUCACAUUUGGAAUCAUAACACAUUCACUCGCUAACUCACUUGCAACCUUUGUUGUUGUUUUCCUUUCGGCUUGUCCCUUUCGGGGUCGCCACAGCGUAUCAUCUCAGAUGAACGCAUAUAUACGUUUGGCACAAUUUUUACGCCGGAUGCCCUUCCUGACGCAACCCUUCUCAGGGAGUGGAGGCCCCAGUGGGAUACGAACCCACAACCCCUGGUUUACCAAACCAGUGCUCUAACCACUGAGCUACGGGCCCAGGGGUGUGAAAUCAUGAACACAUUAUUACAUCCAUCCAUUUUUCAAGUACCUUAUCUGUUAUUUUCACACUGACAAGCAUAAGAGGGCGUUCUAGGCCCAAGUAUCUGAUGACGGUUGGAGAGCACAGCUUCCGGGUGAAUCAGCCAUGCAACUUUCCGGGAAAUCAUUGGAUGGGUCGACAAAGUAUGGGCUUCCGUGACACCAAAACCCUCACUUGCAACCUUUAUUCAAUUCAAAUUGGUAUUGAACCGCAGUAUGGAUCGUUUUUCCCUUGGUGUUGAUAUCGCGACAACGUAAUGCUGAAUUUAUUCACCCAUUCGUGGGCAGCGUCCCGUUUUUGGGACGUCAUGAUUUUCACGCAUCAUAUCCUUCAGUAAAUCAAAAUAUUGAAGUGUUUUAAUCUGAAGCCAUAAUUUGGCACCAGGAGAAGGAUGCUAACUCGUCGGUCAAAGUUAGCGCGGAGUUAUUUCCCUUUCCUCCCUGACCCAACGUGGCUGCCUCAAGUUAUCAUAUAUAACUUGACCAUAAAUGAAAAAGAAAUGAUUUCCUUGAUUGUGGCCCGUUAGGAGACUUUUAUCUCAAUAAGGCAAAAAAUUGACACCCUGCCCAUGAACGGGUUAACACGUGUAGUUUACGCCAAAAUAAUUCAUUUUUAUUCGUUUAAAAUGCAUCUUUUAGGUGGGAGCUGGCAAGAGACUAAGAAGCGCUGUUUGCAAUUUUCAUAUUGCUUAUUUUAUCCAAUAACGUUGAGGGAAGAAUAACUUCAUCUUGAUAACUUCUAGCAUAAACUGGGGUGCUAAUAGACUGUUUUGAUAAAGGUUAUCAAAUCUUGGUAGUAUGUACUUUUUAGUUUGUAUUUUAAAUUUAUACAAAUAUGGAAAUAGUCGACAACACGGUGGGGCAGCUGUUAAAGUGUUGGCCUCACAGUUCCAAGGACCCGGGUUCGAUCCCGGACCCGCCUGUGCGGAGUUUGCAUGUUCUCUCUGUGCCUGCGUGGGUUUUCUCCGGGCACUCCAGUUUCCUCCCACGUUCCCAAAAAUUAAUAUUUAUUGGAGGCUUAAAUGGGCGGCAUGGUGGAUAAGCUGGUAAACAGUUGGCCUCACAGUUCUGAGGUCCUGGGUUCGAUCCCGGACUUGCCUGUGCAGAGUCUACAUGUUCUCCCCGUGCUUGCGUGGCUUUUCUCCGGUUGCAUUCCGGUUUCGUCCCGCAUCCCAAAAACAUGCCACAUCAAUUGAACACUCUAAAUUGCCCCUAGGUGAGAUUGUGAGGGCGGCUCUUCGUCUCGAUGUGCCCUACGAUUGCCUGGCAACCAGUUCAGGGUAUACCCCGCCUCCUGCGCCGUUGACAGCUGGGAUCGACUCCAGCGUUCCCCGCGACCCUUGUGAGCAUAAGUGGCAGAGAAAAUGGAUGGAUGGAUGAAUGGAAAAUAGUCCCUGCACAAUUUACCCCCCCCCCCCCCCACGCAAGCACACACUUUUUUCGUAUCAUUUUCAGCCCAGAGGUACCCAUAUAAAAAUUAAAAAUUCACUCUCAACCAGGGUCUGAAUGAUUUUGGCCAACAAAAUAUUUUUUUUUUCCCCC